CAGUCUUUUAUGAACCUUUGGCAUUGCCUAAAAUGAUUAUCUGCCUGCGGGAAAAACUUGCCUUUAUAGCCCUCUCUGAAACAUUACUCUCUGUAUUGGAGCUAAAGCUUCUGUAAAUACAUGUUUUGACCUUCAAGGAAAUACUGCUGUCUUACUGCAGAAGCCUGGCUAUUCCGAGUUGAAUGCUGUGACCACUCUUAAUCACUUGUUCUCUCUCCUAAUGUGCCAUUAUGCUGUUUAUUGCUGUGUGCAUGGCGCUGAGCCUCUCUGUAGCACUUCAGCGAGAGGCUUACUCAAAGAGUCACAGUGUUCAGGCUAUAAUGAGCGUUAAUGACGGAGCAGUGUGCAGAGGAGUGAAUGCCCCAUGUUGUGUUAGUGCCUGUCUGCCAUGCUGGCCUGUCUGCCAGGACCAGGUGACCUCUCCUUUCAGCUUCUUUCUUACACGCAGAUGAACACUGGACUUCAGAAAUGGGACACUACACAGAAAAUGAGAUCUGCACAGUAUCCUACCCCAGCAGAAUUGGAUGCUUAUGCUAAGAAGGUCGCCAACAAUCCACUGACUAUAAAAAUUUUUCCAAACAGUGUCAAGGUUCCCCAGAGGAAACACAUACGCCGUACUGUGAACGGACUUGAUACUUCGGGCCAGAGGUACAGUCCCUACCCGUCUCAGGCCACCACAAAAACAGGCCUCCUGGCGAUAGUCAAAUCUCCAGCAAAAGGAAUUAUCAAAGACUUUGACGGGACACGCACGCGUCUGCUGCCGGAAGCGAUGAUGAAUCCCCCUUCCACACCAUACGUUGCACCUAGCACUUUAACCCACCCCCAGGCGCUUGCUCGCCAGCAGGCUCUCCAGCAUGCACAGACUUUGCCGCACCCCCAGAGUAUACCGCAGCCACAGACUUUGCAGCACCCUCAGGGUAUACCACAGCCACAAAGCUUACCGCACCCUCAGGGGAUACCGCAGCCGCAGACGCUGCCGCACCCUCAGAAUAUGCAGCAGCCGCAGGGCUUGCAGCAUCCUCAGACCAUGGCACACCAGACUCUGCAGCACCCCCCAAAUCCUUUGCUGCAGCCAGGUUUACAUGGAAGCAGAAAGAUGCCGGAUGCAGAUGCGCCGCCGAAUGUGACCGUGUCUACCUCAACCAUUCCCCUCUCUAUGGCUGCCACCCUGCAGCAGAACCAGCCACCGGACCUGAGCAGCAUUGUGCACCAGAUUAACCAGUUCUGCCAGGCCAGAGCUGGCAUUAGCACUACCUCAGUAUGUGAGGGACAGAUUGCAAACCCCAGCCCUAUAAGUCGCAACCUGCUUAUCAAUGCAAGUACCAGGGUAUCUACUCACAAUGUCCCUACACCCAUGCCUUCCUGUGUAGUAAACCCUGUAGAUCAUGCUGCUGCUGCUAUUCCUCCUGCCUCUGUUAAUGUGCCCAUGGUGAAUAUUAACAGGGUGCCGCCCGCGUACCAGAACGAAAUCAAAUCGGUUGCGUGGAACCAGCACCAGCUUGCACAUCUGCAGCAAAUGUGUGGGGAUGCUGCUGGGCCUGCUGGACUCGCAGGGAAGCACCCUCAGAGAGAGAUCGCAGGGCAGAGUUUUCCUGGCAAAACUUCAAACUACCCUCAAGAACUGUGCAUGGGCCAGUCGUUCAGCUUGAAGCCCCCCAUCGAGAAGCCCACGCCUUCUCCACCUGUGAAUGGGUUGCAGGGACCCUUGCCAUAUACCAAUGGGCACUAUUUCCAGCCCAUCUGGAAUAACAUUCUGCCCACACCCAACAGUGACAGCUCUGGGUCCCAGGACCUCGCCAUGCCUUUCCAUGGGGGACAGCCAGCAGGAGCACCGCUAGAUUGUGCAGGAGGAACUCAUUACAGAGCUGGAGCUGGCCCAUCCAGCCAGAAUAAUGUGAUGCAGACCAUGGAUUACCUAAGCGGGGACUUCCAGCAGUCCUGCUUCAGAGAUCAGAGCAUGGCCGUGCUGGGAAAAGUCCAUCGGCCUCCCAUGAACCGAGCACCUGAACCAUCCGAUAGUCGAAAUCUUCAUAUUCAACACCCAGGGUAUAGAUAGGCUGCAGUCACUUUCACAGACAAAAAUUAUAGGUUUAGUCUUAAUUUUAAUUAAUAAGCAAGGCAUUUUUAACUUGCAAACUUGAGUGAUCAUUAUAGUAACCAUUGGAAGAAGACAUACUGUAUAUUUAAAAGCUUUGCUUACAUGUUAUCUAUCUCCUUUAUGCAUCAAAUAUUUAACAUGCCUUUUGUGUCAAAGAAUUUCAUUACACUACUUCACGCCACAGCUGUUUUCCUCGCCACAGAAUCCCCUUUGUGCAGCUUUUGCCUUCUGCUUAGUAGCUCCUUGCUGGACUGAUGUUGAGUUGCUGCAGGGUUUUGCAGUUGCAUCUGUUCCCUAGCUCCGUCAAGAGCGAGGUAGCGUAGCUGCUUAAAUUUCCAUCUCAAUUUCCUCUGAAGAUUAAGAGUAACAGAAUUUGUCAGGAAGCAGGGCUUAUUUUCAACUCGAAAGCCCAUUUCAUUAAUGCAUUAAACAUUGACCAUUUGCACUGUCUAGAGGCCUAUUUAAUUGAAAAAGAAGCCUACAUUUGAAAAGAGCUAGCUAGGGGUAUGUAUUUAGGCAUUAAUAUAGGAAGAAGCUUUCCAGCUGUUUCUUGCUGAGACGCCUGCAUUUAUUGUUUAGACUUUGUCCAAAGUCAAAAGUCUCUGGCAGAUUUUUCUGACACUUUUGUUUUGCGGACAGGGUAUGGAGGAGGGGGGAAUGGCGGUUUUAGGACAUAGGCAGCAUAGCUGCCAUAGGUGGCUGUCUUUUUUCUGCAUCUUAUUUCCCUUCCCCGCUCCCCUUUCGCCAGCGUAAGAGCUAAGUUUGUCUGAACCCCUUGCUGCUAGGAGUCUGGCCGUCCUGAUGUGAAAGGAAUCCAGACCCACUGACAACUCCAAAAAGGGUUCAGCCGCCUCUCCAGUAGCUAGAAUUAAUUUCGGGGCGAGGAGACGUAACUCGAGCUCGUCUCCGGUGCAGUGAGCGGGUGCACGGGACGUCGUGGCACGGUCCCACUGCGGCAGCAGUACUGCUGAGACGGGAGACGGUCGAUCUGAAGCAAAGCUCCCGCUUGUGAGCCGCUGUGGGACCGAUGGUCCUGUAUUCCUCUCGCAUCAAAACGCCACGGCAGAUUUAACGGAACAAUCCUCCUCUCUGGGAAUUAGCGAAGCUAUUUAUAACAUUCCUUUUUCCCAGGGUCUCGGUGCCUAACUCCUCCUGUUCCUUUCCCAUGUCACUUCCAGCAGCUAGUCGAGUCAGUGACCAUAGGACACUAACUACUGGGUAACCUCAGCAUCUUGUUCUCCUCAGUGUACCGAAACAUACCUUUCCUUUCUAACAGCCAAAUUUGUUGUAAGUAGAAAAUUUCUCAUCUCUGUUAAUGAGACUAAUACUUGAACAUAAUGAUCACAAUCAAGUUUGGAAAUUAAAAAAAUAAUAAUAAAAAAAUAAAUGCAUUGAUUCUUUAUAUGUACACUGGCUAAAAAUAUUGCUCUACACUGUAACUUUUAAGUGUAAUAUUUCUGUAUGAAUGUCGCCUGGUAGUGUGGGUUUGAGUAGCAUUGUGUAUGGGUGAACCCACUGGCCUCCGCCAUCCACUGGCCUCCCUCACAGCCCUUUGAAAAACAAAGCCUUAAGUAUUUGCUCCUUGAACUUUCCUUAACGAGCAUGGUUUAAAAUCUUAAGACAUCAUACAAAAUUUAAAAAAAAAAAAAAAUAACAAGUUUUGAAGUGACGUCAUAGUUGGCUAGAGAUUCUUAAAAGUUUUUCGUAAAUGGAAAAAUUAGAACACAUUUAUUUGUAUUUUUUUAAUUUAGACGUGUAGUCCUGGGCUGUAACAAAUAUUUAGGUUUCAAAGCUUAGCAGAGUACGUUUUCUGACUCCUUGCGUAAGUUAGUACACUUAUAUCAUGUCAUUAUUUAAAUUCUUUUAAGUGUACUAUAAACCGUUCUUUAGUGGUAACUCUUUAGCAAAGUUAAGCAAUUUGACUAAAGACGGAUUAAAUUAUGUGUUGGCUUGUGUUGCCUUAUAUUUAAAAAGGAAAAAUUGCCUGAUUGUGUUAUGCCAAAUGAUAGCAACAUGAAGUCCUAAUUUAUUGUUUAUAAUCGUAUUCCUGCAGUCUUUGUGAAAACUGGUAAAUAUACAUCUAUGAAAGAACUAAAAUCCUGAGGCUUUUCAUGCAAUAUUUUUCUGAAUACAUUAUAUUGGAAGCCAAGGUUCGAGUCUGAAGCUGCUUCCCUUACAGUCUCCCCGCCGUCUUCCCCGUCCUACUCCCCCAAAUCGAUCUAGGGCUGUGCUAUGACUUAACCUUUCCUGCCGAGUUAGUUACUGUAAGGUGUUCUGCUACCUGAAUACAUACCUUUUUACUAAAUAAAAUAUUGGCAUCUCCUCUGUUUGGUAGCCUGCUACAAAUCUCAACCCAGACUGUUAUUAAAAGCUAAUUUUUCCCUCCUGCUCUUCUCCUGAGAGAGAGACUGAGUCGAGUCCCGCGUUGGGGUGUUUGUGGAAGUGGUGUCGAUGCCUGGGAGGCGUUUGCGUUAGCGACGGCAGCACGCUGCGAGUUGUCGGGGAUUGUUCUGCACGGGCAGUCACAGGUAGAGCCAUGACCUCUGAGGCUUUGCCCCGGUACAGCAGGACCGGGAAGCAAAAACACUCCCGAGACUCACCCGGGUGGGACAUUGCUUGAAAAAUAGGAAUCAUUUGACUAUUAAAAUAUACUGAAAUAUUUCCUUUUGUUCUAGGAGUGAGAUUUUUCUUUAAACCAACCCUUUUCACUUCUGCAGCAGCCUGUUGCUGUCGGGCUCCUUCCCCACUACAUCUUCUGUAAGGAGAAACGCAAACACUAGCCUGCCUCAUUCCCAGCUGCGUAGGCGCCCGGCGUGGGGAUCCACAUGUGGCACUCUCACUCACCAAGGUGACAAAGGGAAGAGCAGACGAGGCGCAAGCCAGAGGCCGGUGCUCCGGUGCGUGGUAGGAGGUGUGCUCUCCUGGAACUGUUUUUCCCCACGCAGUUUUAUUUCUGUCCGGUGCAGAAAUAAGAGUAACCUAAAGGCCAGGGACACGCGUUUGCCCUGAGCUCUCCCCGGGACCCCAAAGCAGAUGGUUGCCUGCCUUUGGGGUUCACACUGCUGCUCCUGUCGCAGGGCUCGCCUUGCCUUUCUGUCUGUCUGUCCGUCUGUGGGUCAGUGCCUUCCUGAUCGCUGACUCCAGCGCGAGGCUUCAGUUCCCUUGAUGGAGCCUGGGUACUUGCAGGUGACAGUUCUGCUCCUUGAGGAAAGAGUAAGGUAUUUUCAGAUGUUUUCCUGAACUAUUUACGCUGCCUCAUCAGCACUGAAAUCUGUCCCCUUUACAGUACCACACUGAUUUAGCAGAAUAUCGUUAUUCUGAUGGUUCCUGGCAACUCCCUUGCCAGCUGGAGGUGGACAUGAGAUAGAUCCUAGGAGAGAGAAACAUGAAAAGUGAUGUAAACCCUUCCACGAGGAAGUUUCCAUCUCUGACGUGUCUUGUCAUUCCAGCAGAAGCUUUGAAGCUGUUAAAUCGCAAGCCCAGUUUGUUACAGCCCAAAGUUAACAUUUUAUAAAGACACUUUUGAAUUUUCUUUAAGCUUAUGAUAUGAAAGAUGUCUCAGUGGGACUUGGCCGCUCCCGUAGAAACCAAACAGAAAUGUUUGCUGGGGCUCACUGGGGAGAGAACUGGGAAUUGCUGCUGUAUUUCAUUAAACCACAGACUGAUGAUAAACACUGCUGCUUAUGUGCUACGGGUAUGAACUAGAAUUUUUUUUUUUUUUAAUUUUUUUUUUUUGUCCGCAGGAAAAAUAAAAAGCAAAAAAAAAGAGUGAAAGAGCGACCUGGUCCCUCUGCCCCUUCUGAUGGUUUUAUGCAGUGCGAGUGUGUAGCUUGUGUGGCCGUAGUCGGCAGCACGGGGAGCCACAGGCAGCAUGGGGUGGGUGCUUUUUCCAAACGGAAUUUGGGGAAGGAUCUCCUUGGACUUCUGAGGUAUGAAGGUGUCGGGCACAGCCUGGCUGCCCUUGUCCAAUAAGAGCACCCAGAAGGUCUGGGAAAACAAAAGAGAGACAAAAUCUCAGAGCCAGAAAGGUGCUGAAAUAAUUAUUAAAAAAAGGAGGAGUCGAGGAGGUGGUUUGAGUCCUGUCAAGGUGAACUUGGAGAGAUUUUUGACGACGUCUGUGAGGGUUAGGGCUGUCCUGCGCCCUAAAGGUCUGCUUUGCCUGGCCGGGACAGAAACAUCUUGGGGAGACGUAGGGCUGCUCCAAAAGCUGGUCCUGGAAGGUUCCCUAGAAAGUACUGACUGCCCUGCAAAUUGCUGACCUAAUAGUGCGUAAUAAACUCUGAGUUUUGCUUAUUAACAUAAUACUAAAUACAAAAUUUUAAAGGGGAUUCAUAAUAUUUGUAGACCCCCCUUCUGGAAGAUAGGAGCUGUGAGGGUGAUCACACAUCUAAUUUAAUCUGCGUGCUUUCAUCUCUAAGAACGACACAACUCAAAACCCAUCUCCUCUGCGCUCGCUGCAAACAUCUGAGUGUCAAAAUCCCUCCGAUGGCAAACUAAUACCUUUCAUACUGUUUCCAGUGUUCCCCAGAUACUUAGAAACAUAUUUGGUUCCCACAUGCUUUUCCAGGAAUUUGGGCUAAACCGGGCAGCUUAGCCCAGCUAAGCUUAGCUGGGAAGAGCUCUGUUUGCCCACAGGCACUGCCGCGUCCCGGUUCCAGCAUCCAGAAACGCCGUCCCGACAGCAGCCGCUCCGUCCAUCCGCCCUGGGGAGACGGAGCUUCAGGAUCCUCCUCUCCUUUGACUUGGCACCGCUGGAGCUCCUUCGUAUCUGGUUUCUUCAUCUGUCCCCCCCGCAACAGGAGGAAUCCCUUCUGCAAAGCUUCUUCAGGAGACUUUUACGUCAUCUUUGCAGCUAGUUAGACCUGUUUACUGGGGCGAAGAUCUGGUGCGAUAAUGAGCCAGCGGGGACUUCAGCGUAAGUAGCUGCUGCCACCGCCGAGGAGUUACCUGCAGCCACAGCUAACUCACGCUGAAGGCUUCUGGCAGCUGGCAGAGUAAGAUCCAACCUUUUAAAACUUCUUCAGGGCCAAAUAGGGGUUUCUUCCAAAAAUUUAAUUUCUGUGCUUGGACUUUUCCCCCUACACUGAGCUAACCGUACCCUGGUAGAGGGUGGGAGGAUGCGAACGUUGAAUUUGACCCAAAGUAGGCAACGUGCCAAGGUGUUCUCUGCUGAAAGCCAGCAGCACGUCGUCUCGUGAUGGAG